CUAAGCUUUAAAAUUCCGUCACAAUGGAAGUAUCCAAAACGGCAUGGCUGCUCGCUGAAGACAGCUGUCAAAAGUUCGGAUAUCGAGUAUCGUGGCGUGCGGAUAACGAUAGGAUAUUCAAGUAUCCUCGUAAAAAAGCUAACUGACUGUUCCGUAGAAGAUCGAGGAGAAAGAUGCUGACGGCGGCUGCGAAUACUUUAUCGAAUAAUGGCUCCUACAGUAAUGAGAGACCGUCGAGUGCGGGUGACGCAGAUCUCGCAACGGAUCCCGCCUCCGGUGGAUUUUUCCAUUCUGAUUAUAAGAAACACGAAGACCUAAAAGAGAUGUUAGACAGUAACAAAGAUGGGCUCAAAUUGGAAGCUAUGAAACGUAUAAUUGGGAUGGUGGCUAAAGGAAGAGAUGCAUCAGAACUGUUUCCAGCUGUUGUAAAAAAUGUAGUAUCCAAGAACAUUGAAGUAAAGAAGCUAGUAUAUGUUUAUCUAGUUCGUUAUGCAGAAGGUCAGCAAGAUCUAGCUCUUCUUUCCAUAUCGACGUUUCAAAGAGCUUUGAAGGAUCCUAAUCAACUGAUAAGAGCAAGUGCUUUAAGAGUAUUAUCUAGUAUACGAGUCCCUAUGAUAGUACCCAUUGUGAUGCUUGCCAUUAAAGACUCAGCUAGCGACAUGUCUCCAUAUGUCCGCAAGACUGCUGCUCAUGCGAUUCCUAAGUUGUACUCGUUAGAACCUGAGCAGAAGGAAGAAUUAAUAAGUGUGUUGGAGAAACUGCUAUCUGAUAAAACUACUCUCGUUGUUGGUUCGGCGGUGAUGGCCUUUGAAGAAGUAUGCCCAGAAAGGAUAGACCUCAUACACAAAAAUUACAGGAAAUUGUGUAAUUUAUUGGUGGACGUUGACGAAUGGGGUCAAGUAGUUAUCGUCAACAUGCUCACCCGAUAUGCCAGAACGCAAUUCAUCAAUCCAAAUACAGAUAAUUUAGAUGAUGACGAGAACCGGCCGUUUUACGACUCCGAUUCCGAUUCUUCUAACACCAAGAAACCAAAGUUCACAUUAGAUCCCGAUCAUCGUUUGCUAUUGAGAAACACCAAACCCUUGUUGCAAAGCCGUAAUGCGUCUGUCGUAAUGGCGGUUUCUCAAUUGUAUCACCACGCAGCGCCUAGAAGCGAAGUUAUGACUGCUGCAAAGGCACUCAUCAGGUUGCUGAGAGGACACAGAGAAGUGCAAAGCGUUGUACUGCACUGUAUCGCUAGCAUUUCAAUUACGAGAAAGGGUAUGUUCGAGCCCUUCCUGAAAUCGUUCUUCGUGCGUACCUCCGACCCAACGCACAUCAAACUCCUGAAACUCGACAUACUGACGAAUCUGGCGACCGAGACCAGCAUCAGCGUGAUACUCCGAGAAUUUCAGACGUACAUCUCGAGCAGCGACAAGGAAUUCGUGGGCGCCAGUAUACAGGCCAUUGGCAGAUGCGCGAGUAACAUCAAGGAAGUAACUGACACGUGUCUCAAUGGAUUGGUUUCAUUAUUGAGCAAUAGAGACGAGGCCAUUGUAGCGGAGAGUGUAGUGGUGAUAAAGAAGCUUCUGCAAACACAGCCGAACGAGCACAAGGACAUAAUUGCUCACAUGGCCAAGUUGAUGGAUUUCAUCACGGUGCCGCAGGCCAGAGCCUCCAUCCUGUGGCUCUUGGGCGAAUACUCCGACAGGGUUCCCAAAAUAGCGCCUGAUGUGCUGCGGAAGAUGGCCAAGAGCUUCGUGAACGAGCAGGACAUAGUGAAACUGCAGACUCUGAAUCUGGCGGUGAAACUGUGCCUGAAUAACCCCGCGCAGACGAAACCGUUCUGCCAAUACGUCUUCCAGCUCGCCAAGUAUGAUCAGAACUACGACAUCAGAGACCGCGCGCGUUUUCUACGGCACUUUAUCUUCGACGACGAGACCGGCACGAAGAAACUACCGCAGUUUGCCAAGAGGAUCUUCCUCGCUCCGAAACCAGCGCCGACUUUGACGUCCCGGUUCAAGGACUCGGAGUAUCAACUAGGCACUCUAUCCCAUUACCUGGACAUGCCGUGCGCUGGCUACCGUCCGCUGCCGCCUUUCCCAGAGGUCACGCAAGACCCGUCCGUGCGAGACGUCGCGCCAGCGAUCGUGCAAGAGCACAAUAGAGAAGAAAGAUACGGUAGGAAGGAGAAGAAGGAGAAGAAGAGUAAAGAGAAGGAGAAACCAUUCUACAGCGACGAGGAGAGCACUCCUGCUGAAGAAUCAGAAAAUCAAUCGUCAGACUCGUCGUCCAGUGAGUCGUCGGACGAAGACAGUGAUUCCUCGGAAUAUUCGAGCGAAUCGGACAAGUCUGAGACGGGCAGCGCGAAGAAGAACGAAACCAAGUCCGACGAAUCCGAGAGCGAGUCGUCGAGCAGCGAGGAGUCGGACUCGGAAGAGGAGAGCGAUACUCAGGAGAGCGAAGAGGAAAAGCCGAAGGUCGAGAAAAAUGAGGAAGUGAGGGAGAAGCCGAAAAGCAACUUUGACUUGCUGUUGGAUUUGGAUGACGUCGUUCCAAUGACUCCAGUGAUGACGCCUAGCUUGGGUGGUUUCCUCACUCCGAUCAAUCCAACAAUCACGGACAAUGCGCGUGAGGUGUCAACAUCCUACGUUCCGUUGAAGAAUACCACUCUGUUGAACAGUAUCACCGGGCACGGCUUAAAAGUUGAAUAUAGAUUCACGAGAUCGCAGCAUUUAGUUAGCUCGAAUCUGGUCAGUAUCGAAUUGACAUUCCUGAACGAGAGUAACAACGUCAUCAAAGAGAUUCAGGCGGGGAGCAAGAACCUGCAGAAGGGAAUGUUCAUUCAAGAUUUUACGCAGAUACCGUCGCUAGACGCGAACGCCACGCUGUCUUCUACGUUAGGUGUCAAUUUCAACGAUUCUACGCAACCGGCGAACUUCAACAUCGACUUCGCGAUCAACGACGAGAGGUACUCGUGUCCGGUCAGCAUCAAGGCGCCGAUCGGGGAGAUAAUAAGAUCCGUAGUCUUGCCUGAGGGCAUGUUCAACGCGGAGAAAGGCAAAUUGAAGGGCAUGAACGAGCACAUGGCGAAAGUACCGUAUUCCGGGGACAAAAGCGCUCUCCCCCAAAAAGUCUUCGAGGCUGCGAACGUCGCGAGGAUAGCCAACGAGAACGAGGUCAUACGGUUCGCCGCUCACACCUUGGCGUCGAAGUCGUUGGUGCUGGUGACGAUAAGAUUCAUCGAAGCCGAACAGCAGCUGGAAAUCUGCGUGAACUGUGAAAAAAUGGUGAUAGGAUCGAUCUUAUUGAAUGAACUGAAAAGUCACUUGAAGUGAAGCGGAUAACGUGUACCACUUGUGGAAUUAGUGUGAUACAGAAAGCGCGCGUGCGUCGUGGCGCUUACAACACGCGAAAAAGUUCGAAUACUCUCUCUUUCUUCGUCGCGCGAAAGGUAAACUCGCAGACAUACACCGCAUUUAACAUUUCUACGCACUCGUGCAUAAUACAAUCGGAAGAAAUAUAUAUAUAUAUAUAUAUAUCAUUCCGAGUAAGAGUGUGCGCGCGUACAUACACAUGUGCGUACACAUGUAAGCGAAUUAUGUAAAAUUGAUAAUAUAUAAAUAUCCUGUUA